AUGGGCAAGGAGCCGGGUGAAACGUCAACGUCACAUAUCGAGCGCACGGCGGCUCAACCCCGGGAUUCUACAUUGCACAGCGUCACACUUGUCAGAGUCAAUGCCGUAAACGAAAACAUCCGUCUCUUUCGGCUUGGGGUAAAAGAGGGGUCGAGGAUUGAGUUCCUCCCAGGCCAAUGGCUCGACACCUACGUCCCCGGCGUGCCCAAGGCAGGCGGCUUCACCCUCACCAGCCCGCCGUCCAAGGCCGUCCGGCCGAGAUCUGCGUACCUCGAGCUUGCGGUACAAAAGUCGCCGACGAAUCCGGCCGCCGCUUGGCUCUGGGGCCAACCCGUCGACGACGACGAGAAUGAGAACGAGGGCCCCUCCCGAGGAGAGAGGAAACCAGAGAUCCAGGUCCGCAUCGGCGGGUCUUUUGUCUGGCCGGCCCCCGGGAUCACCGACUUGGCCUCCCUGCGGCGAAUCGCCUUCAUCGCGGGCGGCGUCGGCGUAAAUCCACUGAUGAGCAUCGUGAGCCACCUGGCUGAAGGGGUUGAAGGGGAGAGCAGCUGCCCGUACGACGUGCAGUUCAUGUACUCGACAAAGGCGCCGUCAAGCCUCCUCGAUUCCGAAGAGAUCCUCUUCAUGGAGCGGCUGGCUGCUAUUUUCGGCCGGGAAAAGGUCCGCGGUCAGAUGAGGUUGUUCCUAACCGGCCUCGGUCCCGGCACCGCGUCCGAUGAGUCAGUUCUACAUUGUAACGAGAUGGACGUCCCGUUCAAAAGGCGCCGUAUGGGCCUGGAGGACGUGGCGGAAGCCCUGGGGCCCGAAGCGGAACGCGGUGAUGUGCUCGUGUAUGUCUGCGGGAUCCCGUCCAUGACUGAUGAGUUGGUCGAGAGUCUCACGUCGAAGAGCGGAUUAAAUCUAAGGCCUGAGCGGGUUCUGUGCGAGAAGUGGUGGUGA